AUGGCCGCAAAGGGAUCCGAGCCUAUCGAGACACGGCUGUUUAUCAACGGCGAGUGGCGUGAAUCUUCAAGCAAGAAAACCUUCGACGUCGUCUACCCUUACACCAAAGAAGUCGUCGCCCACGUCCACGAAGCCGACGUCCAAGACGUCGACGACGCAGUCGCAGCCGCGCACGCUGCUUUCCCAGCCUGGCGAGAUCUUGGCGUCGACGGCCGCGGCGCCCUCCUCCGCAAAGUCGCCGACCUCUUCCUAGAACACAAUGACGACCUCGCCCGUCUCGAAACGCUCUGCACCGGCCGACCCAUCUCCCAAUACAUCGAUGCCAAACUGUCCGCGGAAUCGUGGAGAUAUUUCGCGGACGGAGCUUGGGCCGUGCAGGGCACGGCUAGCUCCAAUACCCCCGGCAUCCUGAGCAUGACUGUUAAGGAACCGUAUGGCGUUGCGGCGCUGAUUAUUCCUUGGAAUUUCCCGCUUAUGAUGUUCUCGAUGAAGAUGGCUGCUGCACUUGCGGCCGGGAAUACGGUAGUGCUGAAGAGUAGUGAGAAGGCUCCUUUGACGUCCAUCUUCGCCGCUAAACUCAUCGAAAAAGCCGGCUUCCCACCAGGCGUCGUCAACAUCAUCGCCGGCUACGGCAACCCAACCGGCGCAGCACUAGCGUCACACAUGACCGUCCGGUGCAUCAGCUUCACCGGCUCCUCACUAACAGGCCAAAAGAUCCAAGCAGCCGCCGCAAAGUCCAACAUGAAGCACGUCCAUAUGGAACUUGGCGGAAAAUCACCCGCCGUAAUCUUCGAAGACGCGGACCUUGAAGCCGCAGCCGCAGCAACGCAAUUCAGCAUCCGCUUCAACAGCGGCCAAGUCUGCAUCGCAAACUCCCGAAUCUACGUCCAAGAAAGCAUUGCCGAAAAAUUCAUGCACGUAUUCAAGGCACAAUUCUCUCAAUUCCAGCUCGGUGAUCCCCUCGAUCCGGCCACCGUACAGGGGCCCCAGAUCGACGUCCUGCAGUAUAAGCGUAUCCAGGAGUACUUGGGCAUUGGCGCGAAGGAUGGCUCGCUCACUGUGGGCGGUGAUGCGAAUGAGGGGUUCUUUAUUAAGCCGACUAUUUUCGAGAAUUUGCCUGAUGAUUCGCGCGUGAUGCGUGAGGAGAUUUUUGGGCCUGUUGUUGCAAUUAAUACGUUCAAGACGGAAGAGGAGGCUAUUCGCAAGGCGAAUGAUACCGAGUUUGGACUCUAUGCGUCUGUUUUCACGCGCGAUCUUGAUCGCGCGGUGAGGCUCUCCCGCGCCUUGGAGGCUGGUACUGUUGGCGUUAAUUGCACCAGUCCUACUAAUGCUAAGGAUGCGGCUUUUGGUGGGUAUAAGAUGAGUGGGACCGGAAGGGAGGGGCUGUUGUAUAGUAUUGAUAACUUUGUUCAGACCAAGAGUAUUUUGAUUAAGGCUGCUGGGCAGGGGUUGGGUUUCUUCUGA